AUGCUGAGCUUCUUCCGUCGAACGCUUGGACGGCGGUCCAUGCGUAAGCAUGCGGAGAAGGAACGGCUAAGAGAGGCCCAAAGAGCUGCAACCCACAUCCCUGCAGCUGGGGAUGCAAAAUCCAUCAUCACUUGCAGAGUAGCGCUGCUGGAUGGAACAGAUGUCAGCGUGGACUUACCGAAAAAAGCCAAAGGCCAGCUCCUAUUUGAACAGAUCAUGUAUCAUCUGGACCUAAUAGAAAGUGACUACUUUGGAUUAAGGUUCAUGGAUUCUGCACAAGUGGCGCAUUGGUUGGACAACACAAAAAGCAUUAAAAAGCAAGUUAAAAUUGGCCCACCAUAUUGUCUGCAUUUUCGCGUAAAGUUUUACUCAUCAGAGCCCAACAAUCUACGUGAGGAGCUAACAAGGUAUUUAUUUGUUCUGCAGCUAAAACUGGAUAUUCUUAGUGGAAAAUUGGAAUGUCCUUUUGACACAGCCGUCCAGUUGGCAGCUUAUAACAUGCAAGGUGAGUAGCUGAACUUUUUUUCUGCUGAACAUGUGCCUGAACUGGUGUCUGAGUUCAGGUUUGUUCCCACUCAGACUGAAGAGAUGGAGCUAGCCAUUUUUGAGAAAUGGAAGGAAUGCAGGGGGCAAACACCAGCACAGGCUGAAACUAACUACUUAAACAAAGCUAAGUGGCUGGAAAUGUAUGGUGUAGACAUGCACAUAGUCAAGGCAAGAGAUGGCAACGAUUACAGCCUGGGACUAACACCUACAGGAGUUCUUGUCUUUGAAGGAGACACAAAGAUUGGUUUGUUUUUCUGGCCAAAGAUAACAAGACUUGAUUUCAAGAAGAACAAACUCACUCUAGUUGUUGUUGAAGAUGAUGAACAGGGAAAGGAGCAGGAGCAUACUUUUGUCUUUAGACUGGAUCAUCCCAAAGCUUGCAAACACUUGUGGAAGUGUGCAGUGGAACAUCACGCCUUCUUCCGGCUCCGAGGUCCUGUCCAAAAAAGCUCAAGUCGAUCAGGGUUCAUUAGGUUAGGAUCCCGGUUCCGAUACAGUGGGAAAACAGAAUAUCAAACCACCAAGACCAACAAAGCCCGAAGAUCAGCAUCCUUUGAAAGGAGGCCCAGCAAAAGAUAUUCAAGACGGACACUACAAAUGAAAGCACAUUCUCCUAAACUUGAAGAAACAAG